UUUAGUGCCUGGGCUUUUAACACAUUGUGAUAGGGCUAUUAUUAGAAGAGAUGAAUUAUCAAUCAGGAAUUAAUCCUGAUUGAUGUGUUUGCCCCAACUGGAAAAGGACCACACUCACUGCUACACUGUUUGUUGUCACCUCUGCGAUAAGAGAAGGUGGUUCUUUCGUAUUUUUUUUUCUUCAGGAGGUGACAUGAGAGAGAAGAGGAUUAUUUUUUUUCAUUUCUGUGAUCAAACCACUAGUUCCACCAGCUUCACCUACUCAGGACGUGAGGAGACCACUGAGGAAGACAUUCAUUUAUUUAGUUCCUUCACUCAUUUAUCUUCCUCCCCCUCAUCUCUUUGCCUGACUGGCUGCUGAGCUGACUGACUGCCUGGAUGGUUGGCUCCCUCUCUCACUGGACUCUCUCUGGCGCUUCACUCACACACUGCGUGAGCUUCGCUGAGGCUGGGGUGGGAGAAAGACAGUCGGGCUGCACAGGCUUUGGGAAGUGGGAGCUCUGCUAGAUUUCUCUCUGUGUCUGUUUAAGUGGACUAUUAGAUGAGAGAAGGGGAAAUAUCUGGCUCUCUCUCCUCCAGCACUGACCACUGACCAUUACUACUGUGCUGCAUCCAUGACUUUACAUACCUGGCUUGUGUAUGGGCUUGGAUUUAUCUUGGUUUGGGCACUCUUCUUGACACAGGUCAAGGGUCUGCAGUGCUAUGGCUGCAACAUCAUACAGGGCCAGAGAUAUGUGGACGUGGGCUGCUCCAACCCAGAGGUCAUCACCUGCACCCACUCACACAAAGGCUUCAAACACCGUUUCUGUAUCAAGACAGAGAGCACGGCCCUGGGUAUUGUCCUGACCAGCGGUUGUGCCACAUCCAGACACUGCCAGCAGCAAGAACUGCCAGGUGUGCGCAUCCACUGCUGUGACUCAGACCUAUGUAACAGCGCCCCCUCCUGGCACCCAAGCACACUCCACUACAUCGGUGCACUGUUCAGCUUCUUGCUGCUGAGGAUGUGGUUGUGAUAUGGAGUCAAUCAGGAGAGGAACGCAACAUCAGUGGACUAUUACGGGAGAAACACUUUGUAUUAGUUACUCUCAUUUCCUCUCAUAGGGCUGAAUGAGAGUUUUACUCAGUAUGGUGUUACUGGCGAGCACCUUGACAUUGUAGCUGUUGUCACAUAGUCAGACUAAUGGCAAAAUAACCUUGUGAAUCUGUUUGAUGAAACUAAACUGAUGAACUCAUCAGUGAUUUUAUUGUGCACAUCCAUUUACUCAAAUGUAGCUUGAAGUACAGUUUAUGGGACAUCAUGGGACAUUUGUUGCCACGAAAGAAAGAUCCUUGUUAGAGUCAUAAUGUCAGUUCAUAAAAAGCUUUCAGUGAAGACAACGUUUAUCAGCAAUGCGGAUAAACACUGACUUCAGUUUUAUAAAGGUUUACAUCCACUUGUGCUGUAAGACAUAUGUCAAUUUUCUCUGUUAAGGAGUUGGUUAUCUUCCUCAACAUCAAAUCUUUGUGUCCAGUAUGUUUUUUAAAAAGUCACAGGCUAUUUACUUUGCAAAAUUAAAGAUAUUUUUUUAGUUUCCUGUCCAGUUCUCCAGGCUAAGCUUGGAAAAGCACACUGCAUGUGGUUAUAUGUAGGAUUGUAAGAAAUAUUGUACAGUGAAAGCAUGUAAUGUUGUGAAUUACUGUAUUAAAAUGUUUCAUAUUUUUCAAAAUAAAAAUGCUCUGAACUCUG